GCAGUGCCUUUUUCAAGUACCUUAUUUACUUUUCCAGGACAUAAUAAUAAUAUACGUUUAGGUAAAAAAUGAAUGCAAUGAGCGGAUGGCAUAGUGAUGUGGGUGAUAGCAAUACAAGAAGACAAGAAAAGCUGUACAGGCUCAUGGAGAAACUGAAGAAUAUGGCAAGGGAAGUUCCUCCAAAGUAUCAGCCUCGUCUCAGCUAUGACUUGCUCUCUGCCUUGGCAAGCCUGCUACUUGAUGACACGGUCCUGCAAAUUGUUGCUGAAUUGAUUGACCUACAGCACAUGACUGAGAGACAUCUGCAUCAGACGCGCUGCAGUCUACUAGCUCGACAUCGAGCUGAGAAGGAGCGCAUGAAGAGCCAGCACAAGAGUGAAGAGGACAUGGCGCGGUGUAGGGCGCGACUGCACGCCUUACCGCAGAUGCAGGCGCAGCACAGCGCCCUCGAGAAUGACUUGGAGCGCCGGCAUCAAAUGGAGCUGCAGAAGUGCAACUUGGAUGCGCUCAAAAUCAUUGAUGAGAAGGUGGUUGAGCAGCAAAGCACAUUGGCGAAAGUGGGCGUUCCAGGAUUUUUCGUGUCCACAAACCCAAUGGACGUGCGGGUGCAGAUGUACAUCCUUGGCUUCAUUAUGAAAAUUAGUCAACAAAAUCCAUCAUAUUCCCUCAGCUCCUCCUGAUUUCGACCAAAGCCAUUGCAUACCAUGCACAAAUUUUCCCUUAUAAGUGAUAUACUUGACUUAAUGAAGACAUUUCGCUCACUCCUGAAUUGAUCACAUUUUGAUUGCAUAGAAUACCUAAACUUGUGGCAAACACUUUGUUGAUUUAUUGCCGACAUUUCACUCUCUUUCAAAUUAAUCACCGAGAUCAGCUAGCCUGCACGAGUCUCACUUCAAUGUUAUUUGUUGUGGAGCACGUGCGCGCGCGUGUGUCGCGCCCUCUCAGCGCAGUGCGGUCCACUGUGCUGUGUUGAAUACUGAAAUGGCGUGCUUGCUUUCAUCCUUCAUGCAUGCUUUUGAACCCUCAGUAUAGAGCGUAAUAAUACCGUACCAGUUUGUGAUCUUCCAGUGACUAUUCUUCUGGCAGAUUAAAAUAAGGCGUGUAAUAAUAAACGCUCUGUUUCUCUACAUCAUUGUGAUAUAUUUAUCUCAUAAGUUUAGUUCUAAGAUAUACGAGCAGAAGUAUUGUGCUCUAUUCUUUACGAACAUACAAAAAAUGAUGUUACAAAUGAACUAGUCGAA